UAACCCAUCAAUUCGGUUUCUGCUUUCCCAGCCCGUGAAAGCUUUCAGCAGCAGCCAGCUUGCGACCCCUGUGUACAGUCGUGCGGACCUGUACAACUUCAAGCAGACUGCAGAGAGAGUUUACCAGCAGAGAGAGGAAAGGCACUGAAGACAGAAUCUGCAGUAAAGGAGCCGCGCUUGGGGUUGGAGGACCAAAGUCUGAAGACGUAGAGAGACCGGUUAUUUCGUAGGCCGCAGCGUCUGCCCUGCUGGCAACCAGCCAUGGCCACUGCCGCCGCUGCCUGGGCUGCUUCUGGCACACAGCUGUCAUCGUCCAUCGCAGGCAGCAGGACGUUGGGGAGCAAGCGGAGCGAGUUUGCUGGGGUGACAACCUCAUUGGCAAACCUUUCUCUUAGCAAGCCCGCUGUUGUACCUUUGGAGCGGUACACUGGACCAGUUGCGAAGCGGGUAUGCGACUUGACGGGCAAGAAAGCUAACAACAAGAUGAUUGUGACAUUUUCUCACAAGCGUAUCCACAAACUGCAACAACCGAACCUGUUCAUGAAAAGACUAUGGUGGGAGAAGAAGGGCAAAUUCGUCCGCAUGAAGCUUUCAGCUUCAGCAAUCAAGUCAGUGGAUAAGCACGGGUUGGAAGAGAUGGCAAAGAAGGCAGGUCUUGACCUUAAUGAUUACAUCAGCGCAUAAUAGAACAUACUCAUAUACGGAAAACUUUCAUAUGAGGGGACUUGGUAGAACAAGGAUCAAAGAGGUCGAAGUUGAAAGCUUAAGGAGCAAGUCCUGGUCCUAGUACAGAAUAGCACGGAGCGCUAGCCCACGCCUUUCAUAAAGCAAACGUAUUUGAGGGUCAGACUGCCUCCUGGAUCGAGGCCUGGCUGGUUCUCUAAUGUGACCUUUCGAUUGUCACUCUGAUAUACAGUCUUCUAUGUGCUUAGCAGCACCGCGGAUGUAUCUCGAUCAGAAGCGAUUAUUGUUAUCCCUGCAGUCGACCAGAUUGUCUUGAAAGUAUCUCAACCGGCU